UCGCGAUACGUCCGCAGCUCUCGCGUGUGUUAGCAGCUUUAGCUUUAGCUGCAGCUAACGGAGCGACGCACGAGCAACAACUAACCAGAAAUCAGAGAGGAAGAGGAGUUCCCCGUCACUUUGAUCAAGUCUCACUUCACCUGUCCUUGAAGAAUAGACUCUGUUCAGCUUCCUUCUUUCUCUUGACUCACCUGCCGAGGCGGCAGCUCCACUUUGUGCCGUCAUGUCUCAGAAGUCGCUGCUGGACGGGGGUCAGAAGCACUUCGCCGUGGGCCGGGGGCUCCUGGCCGCUGCAGAGACCUUGAACUUCAGCAUGAACGAACAGCGAUCCAGCCGUCAGAUGGGGGGCAUGUCCUCAGGUGUGGGGGGGGGCGGCGGUGGCGCGGAGGGCCAGGACGGCAGUGCUCAGAUGCCCCGGCGAGGCGGGGGCAGCAAUCUUGGCAGCACCAUGAAGCUGUUUGCCAGUUUGGGGCUGUCGCCAUCAGACCUGGACGCUCUGGCUGAAAUCCCAGAAGAAGAGAUAAGCGUGGAGUCCCUGCCGCACAUCCUCAUGCAGCUCAAGAGCCGCAAAGGGGAUGUUGGAGAGCGGCGAGGGGCGUCCUCCAUGUCCUCUGACUCUGUGUAUCGAGGAGGCAGGGACAGCUGGGACAAGGUGCACAUGGGGAGGAUCGGCAGUCCGUCUCUAGGUGGGGGUUCGGCCCGGGCACAGCCCUCUGCAGACUUUGGGUACAGUCCCAUGCAGGACGUCUCCGGCCGGGGCUACGGCUUGAAUUACAGCAGUGGGGGUGCAAGCAGAGAGAGGCCUUAUUCUGAGCUUUCCCACCACGAUUCCUACGGUGGACUUGGCAUGGGGCCGCCGCCGUCUGAACCCGUCUUUAUGCAGAGGAGGAUGGGCUCCCCGUCCAACGGAAAAGUCCAAGACUUCUUGGGAGUGGUGCCCCCCAUGUUCCCCCAUGUGUGCUCUCUUUGUGACUUUGACGUUCAUUCCACCAUGGAGUGGAACCAGCAUGUUAACGGACUGCGACAUGCUGAGAACAGACGUGUGCUUCUGGACAUGUAUCCAGAGUGGGACCCUGCCAUGUCGUCAGGCAGAGGGGGGGGUUCUCUGGAGACCCCGAACCUGUCAGCCGGACUACUGGGACCUGCCCCCAUGUCUUCAGCUCGGGCAGCAGGAGGGACGUCCUCCAGCUGGGGAGCAGGAGGAUCUGGUUUGUCAGGAAAGAACCAGCUGGGACAGAACAAGCUGAGGAGCCGAGUGGUGGUGGUGAAAUACGCCAGGAAGCCUCUGAGCAACAAGACUCUGUUUGCCUUCACCGAGCCGUUCGGCUGCCUGAGGGAGCAUCUGGUCCUCAACAACAAGGCGUUCUUAGAGAUGAACAGCCACGAGGAGGCUCAGGACAUGGUGAACUACUAUGAUCAGCACCCGGCAGCUCUCUACGGGAAACCCCUGACCUUCUACCUGUCCAGGAGGCUCAUGGUCAUCGAGAAGGAAGGUCAGUCGUCGGACACGUUGAUGGACAUGCCCAUCAGGGAGGUCAAAGGUCACGGCAGCCAGGUGGUUUUCUUCUCCAACCUGCCCAGAGAGGAAGAGAAGAAGAAGGAGCUGCUGACCAUCGCUGGACGCUUCGGCAUCGUGGAGAAACACCUGUUUUUAACAGACCAGGCGUUUGUCCAGCUGGGGACGCCGCAGGACGCAGAGAUGCUGGUGAAGUAUUACAGCGUGAACCCGCUCACCAUCAAGGGUCGACCCAUUCGCCUCAACAUCUGCGCCAAGUACAAAACACUGAAUGUAAACCGCCGACAGGCGGGGUCUGCCGGAGAGGGGCGGGGCCAGAGGAACGCCUCCUCUGGAUCAAGGACCUCCUCCAACUCCAGAACGUCCUCGACCAAUGCCAGGACCAGAGAGGAGGAGAAGAAGGAGCAGGAGGAGAACAGAGCCAAGGCUGAGGAGAAACCUGCUGAGGGGGAGGAGGGGGUGUCUGGAGUGAUUGAGGGGGAGGAGCCUGUAAGCGAUGGAGACGAGAAGGCGGAGACAGGGGAGGAGUCUUCAGGAGGUGUUCGGGAGGUCCCUGAUGAUGUCACUGAUGAUGUCACUGAGCACACACCUGAGCCUGUGGGCGGGGCAGAAGGUGAAGCCAAGCAGGGGGCGGAGUCAGACGGAGCACCGGAACCAACUGAAACCCAAGAUCCCACCGAGGAACACGAGAACAAGAAAGAAGCGGUGCCGGAACCCGGAGAGCGUCCAGAGGCGCUGGAGGAGGAGCCUGCUGACGAGCUCGAUCAGGACUUCAUGGAGAACAUGGAGGACUUUGUGACGCUGGACGAAGUCGCAGAAGACGAGGACGAAGAGCUCAGAGACUCGGACACCACCGACAACACAAGGGGGGGGGGGAUGAGGGUCGUGAACAUCUGGGGUUUCAGACGAGGGUUCAACUUCCUCAACGAGCUGCUGGCUCUCGCAAAACCUUUUGGCAAAGUGGUCAAACACCUGGUUCUGGACUUAAGACUCGAGGCCUACCUUCAGUUCGAGAUGGAAGAGGAAGCUCGGGCCAUGGCCAAGUUCUACAACAGCAACGUCACGGCCACGGUGUGCGGGCGACCCGUCAGGAUCAGCCACUCCAUGACCUACCCCACCAUCCAGUGCGGCUCCAGCCGGGUUGUGUACAUCGGUCAGAUCCCCAGCGGCAAAUACAACGACGAGGCCGUCCUGAAACUGGCUGAGCCGUUCGGGGUCGUCAGGAAGUAUUUUCUCAACAGGAUCAAGAGAGAGUGUUUCGUUGAGAUGGAAAACGCAGAAGACGCAGAGAAAAUGGCAGAAGAUUGUAAAGUCAAUCCCCCAAAGCUCCAAGGGAAGCGUCUGACGGUCUACGUCAGCAGGAAGUACAGGCAGCUGAAACACGGACAUCGAUGUCUGAGCACAACAAAGAGAGACAACAGCAGUUUGACCACAACGUCCUCCAAACAUCCUGAAGAGCCUCCAACCAAGAAAGCCAGGGAGGAGGAGAAGCCAGAGGAUGGAGAGAAAUGGGAGGAGGAAGAAGAGGAGAAGGUGGAGGGGGAGGAGAAGGAGGUGAAGCAGGAGAAGGAGGUGAAGCAGGAUGAGAUGCAGAGCAGUGACGACACGAAUCCUGAUGUUUCUGAUCAGAAACUCAAGAGUGAGGAAGACCUGCAGGACGUCCAACAGGAUGAGCAGGUGGACCAGACGGAGACGAGGCAGGACAGACACACUGAGCCCCCCCCACCUGCUGAAAACAAACCCAGCGUGGCGUCUCUGCCGCUCCCCCCCCAUGACCCCGACACCCCCAUCGGUGUUGAACACGUGAAAACAGGAUUCUACUGUCGAGUCUGUUUCCUGUUCUACUCCAACGAGGACAUGGCGAAGAAAACGCACUGCAGCAGCCCGGCACACUACGACAAGCUGCAGAAAUAUCUGGAGAAGGAACAAACCAAAACAGAGAAGAAGAGGGCGAGGAAGACGUCGUCAUGAAUCAGGAGGUUCCUCCUCAGGGAGGAGCAGGAGCUUCACUUUUUAGUUUGGUGUCUGAGGAGACGCUCGUCAUUGAGGAGCUCGUCCAAUCAGGUGUUCAGCUGUAUCACGAGGAAGAGGUGGAUGAGGAGCCUGACGUGAUGAGCUGCUGCACACGAACAAUACGUUUCCUCUUCAGAUCCUUCAUCCAGCUUUAAAACAUCUGUUUGAAUCAGAUCCUCAUUCUUUACAGUUUUAACCAUCCAGCUUGUACAGUGGUGAGGGGGGGGGGGGGGGGGGGACUGUAAGCAUUGCUCCCAAACUUUCUGUAUUCAGAUAAAAUUAUUCACCGGAACUAUUAUUAACCAUUUACUAACGUGUGGAUGAGUACGCUGCUGUACUUUAUCAGGAAAUAGUUCCCAGUCAGUUUCACUAUCAACCUGAAAACCAAUUCAAUGUUUAACAACAGGGUUCAUUCAGAAAUCCUCAGAUUAAAUUCAAUACUUUUCAAGACCUUU